AUGGCUACCCCCACUAUCCUUACCUUUGAUGCUGAGGGUCGUGCUGUUGAUUUCGAGGUCUGGGUCGAUGACCUACAGCUCUUCCUACAGUGCGAUAAGGCAGACGGACUCUCCCUGUUUGAUCUCACCUCUGGUGCCUCUCCUGCCCCGCCUGCUGAUGCUGACAGCACUGUUCGCUCACAGUGGGCCACACGCGAUGUUGCUGCCCGUCUUGUAGUGCGUCGCCACUUACCGACCGCUGAGCGUGCGCACUUUAGUCAGUACAAGAGUGCUCAGACCUUUUACGAUGCUGUAGUUGCACGCUACUCUUCCCCUGCCACUGCUGCCCUUAGCCGCCUCAUGCUGCCGUACCUGUUCCCUGACCUCGCCGCCUUUCCCACAGUCGCUGACCUCAUUACGCACCUUUGCACUAGUGACACCCGCUACCGCGCUGCGCUUCCUGCUGAGUUCUGUGCCAAGAACCCUCCCCCCAUGUAUAUCACCCUCUACUACAUAGUCACCCGGCUUCAUGACUCCCUUCGCUUAGUCAGGGACCACUUCCUCUUAGUUUGCCCCACCACACUCACCGUUGACCUCCUCGAGCAGCGCCUCCUGGCAGCAGAGAAGAGCAUAGUCGCUCCGACCUCGUUGGUUUUGAGUCGGUCGGAGCUGCGUCUGCCCCUAGUGGGAGACGCAGCAUCAGCAGGGGCAAGGGGGGCAAGGGCGCUGGAGGGGCUGGCGGGGGCGGUGGAGGUGGUGGUGGAGGCAGUGGAGGGGGUGGGGGUGGUGGUGGGAGUGGUGGCGAGGGUGGAGGUGUCGGUGGCACCAGUGGAGGCGGUGGAGGCGGCGGCGGUGGCGGUGGGAGCGGAGGCGGCGGAGGUGGCGGCGGCGGCGCCGGCAGCGGUGGAGCUGGUCGCGGCUCUGCGCAGAGGAGUGGCUCCGGUGGUGGUCCGCGCUAGCUGCAGCAGCGCACUCGUGAGACCCCAUCCCCCCAGCAGCUUCGUGAGUGGUAAGCUGGGCGUCAGCGAGUUCCCUGACGCCACUGAGAUCCCUCGCUGGGGAGAGCUGUCUAAGGCGGGGGUUGCUAUCUUCGAUCUUGAUUAUGAUGCUAUUCUUACUGCCAUGUAUGUUGUGUCUACUAGUCAUGAGGGUGACUGUUACCUGUGUGUUCCGCCUCACCCGGGCAUUGAGGCUGCUGCUCUAGAUGCUGGUGAGGCUGCUGCUCUAGGUGCUAGUGCGUCUGCUGCCCCAGGUGCUGGUGAGUCUGCUCUCUAA